AUCGUAUUAUUUCCUGAUAAUCACUAAGUGCAUAAAUGCUAUUGUGCAUAAAUACACUUAAAUGCAGAUACAUCAGUGUAGUUCUUUAGUGAACAUGAUCAUGUUUCGUUUUUAUUCUGUGCUGCUGUUGACCCUUGUUGGCUGCGCUCUUCUAAGCGCCAACUAUUUGAAUGAUGUAUCACAAUGGGAAACCGUUUUUAGAAAUUCCAGGUCCUCAGUUAUUCCACUCAGGCAUUGGGGAAACAAAAGCUACUGGAUAGGCGAUGCUUUUCAGGUUCCUUGGUACGAAGCUGUAAGCUUCUGCCACCAAAUUCAUAUGCAGUUGCUUACCAUUACCUCUAACGAAGAAAAUGAACAGAUUUUCAAUUACAUAAGAGAUGCUGGUAAAGGUUUUGAGUAUUGGACAUCAGGUACGAGAGCAAUCGACCAAAAUAAAUGGAUAUGGCUUCCUUAUGGUAAAACAGUAGAAUUCACGAAAUGGUCCGCUGGUCAACCAAGUGAUCCCGUAGGAGAAAAAUGUUUACAAGUUUGGAAUAUUGGAGGAAAAUUAGAGUGGAACGAUAGACCUUGCUGGGUUCCAUUUUACUUUAUUUGUGAAAGAUAUAAUUAUCAAAAUCUAGAAUCAGAUAAAUCAUGUAAAUCAUCAGGUCAGGGUGAGCCAAGAUUGUAAUGUUUUAGAAAAUAUUAAACAUAAUUAUUAACAAA